GGUUGGUAGGUUGUUGAUGCGUACGUGGAGUUGUUGAAGACCGACCAGUUGAGGAUGUAUGGUGACAAUGAGUUGGUGGACAAGUCAUAUUUUUUCAGUAGUGUGUGCCUGGACGUGGUGAAAAGUAAUGACGUGCGUUCAAUAGGAAAUUAUAUCCGGAAGAAUGUGUCUGCAGGGAGCGAGUUUCAUUUCAUGCAUUUUCCAAUGUGUCAUCUUGGGCACUGGACGCUUGUAGUGUAUGACACUGAAGAUGGUAGUUGGAAGCAUUAUAAUCCGAUGAGGCAACGUGGGGAUAGGACUGAUGUGCACCACACCGAAGCUGUUAUGCUGAAAGAACGUGUGUCAGAUGUUAUGAAGCAAUCGUUACGUCAGUUUGGACUGGAUGAGCAGAGCAUUGAGGCAAAUUUCAGGCAUCCAUUAGAGGCUGUAACUAAGUGUCCACAGCAAAAACCAGACACGCUUGAUUGUGGGGUGAUAGUGUGUGGGAUAAUGCGACAGUAUGUGUAUCGUGGCGACGUGGAGCGAACAUUGCAAGGUAGUAAUUGCAGUGUGUUGCGAGCGAACAUGGUUAAUUAUUUCAUCAACGAUCCGACCCGGGGGCUGAAGGAUUAGAUGUGUUUGGUCUGAAACGGUGACGAGAAAUAAAUCGGACGCAGCAUUUCCUGGUUUUUGUAUUUGGUUUAUGCAACUUGUUUGGUUUUUUGAAACAACAUGUUUGUUGGUUUGAACUUGGGGUUUGAAAAUUCUGGUUUAGAAAAUGUUGGACAUAUUUUUUGUGGGUAUU